GAAUAAAGAAGACAAUUCAGCUCAAGUUCAGCCAUCAUUCUCAACCCAGACUCCUAUUCCUGUGCCAGUUUCUCCUCAAUAAGUGCCCUGUAGUAACGACAUGUACGUGACUGCUAAUUCAGCAGCAACAAGCUGUACUGUUGAAAGACUCUUUUCAACUGUCAGUCAGAUAAAAAACUGGCAUCAGGGCAUCAAUGAUGACAUACAGACUGAACUCUAUCUCCCUGCUCUCCUUUGAAAGAGAACUGACUGAAUCCUUCACUAUACUGAAAUCAUUUCAGUGUUCAACACCAAGUCCCAUCGUCUCCUGCUGUGAUCAUCAAAAGUAAGAUGAAGAGCAGCCCAACCUCCAGAGCAGCCCAGCCUUUGCCGCCGGCCUGCAGCCCGACCUCCAGAUUGGCCUCCAGAGGGGUUCUGCCUUCGCCACCGGUCUGCAGCCCAGCCUCAAGAGGGGUUCCGCCUUUGCCACCAGCCCCCUGCCCGGCCUCCAGAGGGGUUCUGCCUUCACCACCGGCCUCCUGCUCGGCGUCUAGAGGGGUUCUUCCUUCACCACUGGCCUGCAGCCCAACUUCCAGAGGAGUUCUACCUUCGCUGCAAAUGUCCAAAGGGGCUUCUGCCAUCUGUCCUGUGCCCUGGUCACCCUCCCGAGUGACUUCUGCCGUCUGUCCUGCCUCCUGGUCAUCCUUCAGAGCGGUGUCAAACGUUGCCCCUGCCCUCUGGUUGCCUACCAGAGGUCCUCAGCUUUCCCAUGGUCCUGACCCCAAGCUUCUUGGCUAAGACUUUUUGCUGUGCUCCUGUUCCCCGAGCCAUCCAUCUGAGCACCACCUCCCUAGUUCCCAGUGUCCUGGUCAGCUGCCUGAGUGCCAGUCCCCUGGUUCCCCCAUGCUCUCUGGCCCCCUGCCCAAGCACUGCUUCCUUGGAUUCCUGCGCUCUAGUCACCCAUCUGAGCGCUACCUGUGUUUUGUCCUGGCCAUUGUACUGUCAGUUUUGGCCUCCUCCUCCCCCCGUCUUAUGGCCAUCUGUCCUGUGUCCCUUGGCAAUGUUGUGGGAUGUCUGG